AUGCCAGUGAAAUGUUGUUUCCACAGGUCAAACGUUGGGGAAACAAUGGCCUGGUCUGAGUCUGUGGAUACACUACUAGCUAAUAAAGACGGCUUGGCAGCUUUUAGGAUAUUUUUGAAGUCAGAGUUCAGCGAGGAGAAUGUGGAGUUCUGGCUGGCCUGCGAGGACUUCAAGAAAACCAAGUCCUCCACUAAAAUUGCCCCAAAAGCCCAAAAGAUUUAUUCUGACUUUAUACAAGCUGAUGCUCCAAAGGAGAUUAAUAUUGACUUCCAUACCAAAACCCACAUCUCUCAGAAUAUCUCCGAGCCCACCCUCAGCUGCUUUGAUGAUGCUCAGAGGUUAAUCUAUAGUCUCAUGGCAAAGGACUCUUUUCCCAGGUUUCUAAGGUCAGAAGCGUACAAGGAACUAGUAAAGAAGCAACAGAACGGAAAUCAGAAGAGAUGGCUCCCAUUUUUGUGA